GCCUCUCCUAGUUCCUCUCAUAUAUCUCUCUCAGUAUAUUCUCCCAGUCUAUUCUGUCAUCUCUCUCGCAAUUAAGAUGGCUGCAGUUGCUCAAGCCUUGGAGACCUCAAACGUCACAAGCAUCAAAUCACUAGCUGAGUCACCAGCUCUCAGCUCUGUCCCUUCCGCUUACGCCUUCAACAUAAACCCCAAUGAUGAAGCUGAUCCAAAUGACCCUGAGUUUGCUAUUCCCAUUGUUGAUAUGUCACUUCUCACCUCUGGUUCUCCUGAUCAGCGCGCCCAAAUCGUCCGCGAUCUUGUCAAAAUUUGUGAAGAAUGGGGCUUCUUCAUCGCAAUUAACCACGGAGUACCAGAGAGCCUAAUGAAGGGGAUGAUCGACGCAUGCCAUGGAUUUUUCAGUCUUCCAGAUGAGGAGAAGAAGGAGUUUAAAUCAGGAAAUGAUGUUCUUGAGAUGUUCAAGUAUGGUACAAGUUAUAAUCUUGCAUUGGAUAAAGUUCUUCUAUGGAGGGACUUCUUUAAGGUCAGAACACAUCCAGAGUUCUACUCCCUCUACAAACCAGCUGGCUUCAGUGAUGUUUCACUGGAGUUCGGCAAAAGAACAAGAGAAGUGGCACUAGAAAUCACAAAAGCAAUAUCAGAAAGCCUGGGAUUGGAGCCGAAUUACAUAUACGAGACAAUGAACAUGGAUCGUGGCUUACAAUUGCUAGCCGGCAAUUACUACCCACCUUGCCCUCAGCCAGAACAUGCAAUCGGUAUACCACAUCAUACCGAUCACGGUCUAGUCACACUCCUCAUCCAGAAUGAGAUGAAUGGCCUCCAAGUCGAACACAACGGAAAAUGGCUCACUGUUAAUGGCCCUUCCAAUGGCUUCUUUGUGAACCUUGCUGAUCAAAUGCAGAUUCUAACCAACGGUAAAUACAAGAGUGUGAUGCAUAGGGCGACUGUGAAUAACACAGCGACAAGGAUAUCCAUAGCCAUACCACAUGGACCUUCUAUAGAUACAAUCAUCGCACCAGCACCAGAGUUGUGUGAAAGAGAAGGCCAAGCUCCAAAGUACCUUGCAAUGAACUAUAAAGAGUACAUACAACUUCAACAAAGUGGCAAGAACUACAUGAAGUCCACCUUCGAUCACAUCCGAGCCUAGCCUAUCUAUCUGGCUCAUUAUAAUAGUACUACUAUUGAAACAGUUGUAAACUUCCUUUUAAUUUGGUUUCCUUAUCUUCUUUUUGUUUCAAUAAUCAUGCCAUCUAUCUUGAGUCUCUGAUGGUGUAUUAUUGGAGCCAGCGUUUGUAGUAUUAAGACGGCGGAUGGGCGUGUUUGUCUGUUCGACCACUGAGCAGUACUCGCUAAAUAUGUAACGACUUGUUACAUUUGGAAUUUUA